AUGGAAAACUUCGAUAAACCUGUCUGGAUACCAGAGAAAAAUGUCUGGGCGUGUAUCACAUCUCACAGCCCAGAUGCAGAGUAUGAGGAUUCGGGGAAAGUGCAGAAGGAGCCGAUCUACAGUGAGGAGUCGCCUUCCCACAUUGGGUCAAAAGGAAACCUAGACCCUAGGACUGAAGACGUGAUCAGCAGAAUUAAUGAAUUGCAGCAAGCUAAGAAAAUUGCAAAUAAGGAACUCUGUGAAACCCAGGCCCACAGGCAAUCCCUGCAGAAAGAACUAGAUGAAAUGAGCUUGGAGGAGACACAACUGAAGGAAAUCUUGAGCAAGAAGCAAGAAACUCUGAGGAUCCUUCGCCUGCAUUGCCAGGAGAAAGAAACUGAGGUGGUAAGACAGCAGGCAGUGUUUGAGGGAUACCAAAAGAGAAUAACAGAGUUGAACUCCAAAAUCCAGGAAGGAAAACUGAAGAAAAGGAAUCAGAGAAUGGAGUUUGGCCAGCAACUAGAGGAAAUGAUGGAGAAGAAUAAGACUGUCUGGGAAUUCCAUAAGACAGCCAAACUAUCCCAGGAAAUCAGCAAGGUCAACAACAACAAGGAACAGCUUCUCAUAGAGGAGAGGCUAACUCAGGAGAAGCUUGACAGUAUCCAGAAGCAGCUGGACAGGUUGACCCAGCCUGAGGCCAAGACUGAAGCCACAGCUGUCACCAGUGUGGAUGCCUUCCUGUGCAGUGAGGAGGCUGCUGCAGCUAUGCAAGCCUCUCAACUGUUUGAGGAAGAAAACAAGAAAGCCACAGAAUCCCUGAAGGCAGCCUCCCUUCACUAUCACCAGCUACAGCAGAAAUACCAAAGGCUGAAGAGGGAGCUAGAAUCUGUUGGCCACAGCAGCAUCAGAGGAUCCAAGGAGACAGGCACAGAAGAGGCUGCUGAAUGGGAAAGUGGCAUUGUUACCAAGUCUGUCAUGGAGCUUCCCAGGACACAGAAGAAAGAUCAAGAAGUCAGGCCUGAUCCUGGCAAACAUCACGAGGUUCAUCUUCAUCCUAGAGGUUCCCAGAGGGAGCAACAGAACAAAGGCUAUGAUGAUCACACCACCCAAGCACUUCCAGCCCUUAUUGUUCAUGUGUCCAACCCUCUAAGAGACCUCUGCCGAGAUGCAGUCUCAGCUCCUCAGGAUGUCUGGAUUCAACAGUCCACACCAAAGGGGAAUCCAUCAGUCCUUUUGCUCUUGUGUAAUGAGUCCAACCUUUUCCCUUAG